AAGCCCUAGCGGACCCUAUUUCUUCUCUCUCUCUCUCUCCCCUCAAUUUUCUCAGCGAGUUUCUAGGGUUUCACUUUGAAACCUGUGCUGCUCCGAGCUUGAUUCCAUGCCGUCCGCGGUACAUCUGAUUUUAACCGAAAUCUCCUCUGGUUACAGAGGAAUUCAUUGAAGGUCGCCGAGGAGAUUUUUCAGUCUUUAAUUAUUGUGGUUGAUUUUAUUAGUGGUUGAUUCAAUUCAGAUGGAAGAUUUUUGGCAGAAACAAAGGAAUUAACACUUUUCGGAGAAGAACUAAUAAGGGGAAAAAUGGGUAAAGUAUCUCCAAAAGAAAGGGAAUCGAAGAAUUCCAAACGGAAAAAGCGGUUGCGGAAUUCAAGCAACAAGUAUCUGAAGCCAGGUACGCUUGCUCAGCUUCGGUACAGCAAGGUCGCCACGGCUGCCAGGUCUUGUACUGAUCUUGGGAAGAAAAGGGUCGCUGUUUUGGAGGCAAAGAAGUCGGACAAUGAUCUGUUGCUUGAAGAUAAUAGGGUUAUUGAUAGAAGCCCUUUGAUGUUGUCGCCUGUGAAUUUGGUUAGACAGAACAGUUUCAUGGGAACUCCAAAGACGCCCCGUAUUGAGGAUUGCGAUUCGGACUCCCGGCUAGAGUCUCUGCCAAUGGAUUUGCUGGUUAAAAUACUUUGCCACUUGCAUCACGACCAACUGAGGGCUGUUUUUCAUGUUUCUCAAAGAAUUAGAAGAGCUGUUGUGCUUGCAAGGCAAUUCCACUUCAAUUACACAACUCCAGAUCGCUCGCGACAGGAGAUGUUAAGAACAAUGACCCCAAGACCAACUGAACACUGGCCUUUUGUUAGCAAGGGAGAUGGGAAGGGUAUUUGGAUGCCGAGCCCACAUACCCCAAAAGCACCAAGGCAUGGCCCACGACCACCUUCUCGGCUCAAAUUCUCUGAGAUGCGGCAGGUUGCAGCUGUUCUAUUCCCAGAAUCUGCUUUUCCUUCAAGAUGCAUUGUGCCAUCUGCUUUACCGAAGCCACUAUGCAAAUCUUUGGCUUCUAAUCGAGUUCUAUUCUAUGAGGAUGAGUUAUGCCAGGCUGUUGCUCAGAAUAAACUCCGUUGAUUUAUUUUCCAGGCUUUUUCUUGCCUCAUGUUUCGCUGUGUAUAGUUUUGUUUCUGUUCUCUAUAGAUGGUCAUAGUUAGGCUAGGGAAUAUGCAAUUUUGUAGCUUUGCUGGGGGCAGUUUUAGGUCAUAUGAAACUUGAGGUUGCUGUUAGGGUUAAAAAAUUCGGUUGAUGGUUGUGGGAAUAACAUAUUUCAAACUGAUUACUUGUAUAUUUCCUAUAUAUAUAUAUUUGAAAGAA